GGCGGUGCUAGGGUGGUGACCGGAAGCGACUGAGGUUCUCAGCGGUGGUUUAUUAGUUGUCAAGCGGAUUUCGCUCGCCGCUGGACAGAUGUGGCGGUGGUGGGCGAUCAGGGAGGAUUUCUUGGAGCAUCUGCAGAGUCUUUGAGCCGCACCCCUUAGCAAAAGCUGCAAGAUCUUUCUUCUGACCCCAGCAGCUCCAGUUGAGUCCACGGACCCCAGCAGACUUGUAGAACCUGGGAAGAGCAAGUGAUCAGCAAGAGAGCCACGGGGCUGAGGUCCAGUGUGAACAUGGCGGCCAGUGGGGACUCCAUCCAGCCAGAGGGACGUGGUAACACCUGUGAGGUACCAGUGUCGUUUGAGGAUGUGACUGUGGACUUCAGUAGGGAGGAGUGGCAGCAACUGGACUCCACUCAAAGGUGCCUGUACCAUGAUGUAAUGCUGGAGAACUACAGCCUUCUGCUGUCAGUGGGGUUUGAAGUUCCCAAACCAGAGGUCCUCUUCAAGUUGGAACAUGGAGAGGAACCCUGGAUGUGGGAGAAGGAAACCCCACAUCAUGGUUGUUCAGGUUGGACAUUUGGGAUGAAGAACUCAGAAGAAAGAAUUUCUGGAAAAACUACUUUUCAUAGGGAAAUUGAGGGUGAUGAUACAAGGGACAACUCAUUGUAUUCCAUUUUAGAAGAGCUGAGCCAAGAUGCUGAGCAGAUAAAAAGAUGUCAUGAACAACAGGGCAACUCUCUGAGUCACACUGCUUUUGUUAAUAAGAAAAUAUUGAAUACAGAGUGGGAUCAUGACUCUACAGAUAUUGAUAAAUGCACUCAUCCAAGCCCAAAUCUUAUUCCUUCACAGAAAAGACCCCAUAUAUAUGACUCAUUUGGGAAGCAUUUUAAGCAUAAUUUAGACUUACAUUUUCAGAAUAAAAACCAUGCAACAAAGAACUUUGAUAAAGGUAUUGGCCAUGGUCAAGUUUUUGCCCAAAGUACUCCUUAUACUGCUCUUGAAAAUGUGUACAGGGAAGCAAACUUCUGCGAAAGUAAUCAAUGUGGAGAAGUCCUCAGCUUCAAACAUGAACUCAGUCAAAAUCUGAAAUUUCCUGUCAAGGAAAAAGCAAACACAUGUACUGAAUUUGGGAAGAGCUUUUCUCAAAAGUCACACCUCCUUGCACCUUCAAGAAUUCACCCUGCAGAAAAACCUCAUGAACUUAACAAAUGUGUAAAUGUUUUUACACAGAAACCACUACUCAGUAUAUAUCUAAGAGUUCAUAGAGAGGAAAAACUAUAUGUAUGUACUAAAUGUGGGAAGGCCUUCAUUCAGAAUUCAGAACUAUUGACUCAUGAGAAAACUCAUACUAGAGAGAAACCAUAUAAAUGCAGUGAAUGUGGAAAAUCAUUUUUCCAGCUGUCAUCUCUACUUAGGCAUCAAGCAACUCAUACCAGAGAAAAACUCUAUGAAUGCAGUGAAUGUGGGAAAGGCUUCUCCCUGAACUCAGCUCUUAAUAUACAUCAGAAAAUCCAUACUGGAGAGAGACAUCACAAAUGUAGUGAGUGUGGGAAAGCCUUUACCCAAAAGUCAACACUCAGGAUGCAUCAGCGAAUUCACACAGGAGAAAGAUCGUAUAUAUGUACUGCAUGUGGGCAGGCCUUUAUCCAGAAAGCACACUUGAUUGCCCAUCAAAGAAUUCAUACUGGAGAGAAGCCUUAUGAAUGCAGUGACUGUGGGAAAUCAUUUCCUUCUAAGUCCCAACUCCAGAUGCAUAAGCGAAUUCACACAGGGGAGAAACCCUAUAUAUGCACUGAAUGUGGGAAGGCCUUCACUAACAGAUCAAAUCUCAAUACUCACCAGAAGUCUCAUACUGGAGAGAAGUCUUAUAUCUGUGCUGAAUGUGGGAAAGCUUUCACUGAUAGGUCAAAUUUCAAUAAACACCAGACCAUUCAUACAGGAGAGAAACCCUAUGCCUGUACAGAUUGUGGGAGGGCCUUCAUCCAGAAGUCAGAGUUAAUUACACAUCAGAGAGUUCAUACUACAGAGAAGCCUUAUAAAUGUCCUGACUGUGAUAAAUCCUUCUCCAAGAAACCACAUCUCAAAGUACAUCAGAGAAUUCACACAGGAGAAAAGCCAUAUAUAUGUGCAGAGUGUGGGAAGGCCUUCACCGACAGGUCAAACUUCAAUAAACACCAAACUAUUCAUACUGGAGACAAACCCUAUAAAUGCAGUGACUGUGGGAAGGGCUUCACCCAGAAAUCAGUUCUUAGUAUGCAUCGCAAUAUUCAUACAUGAAACCCUGUUUCUUGGGAAUGAGAGUUUUAUCACAAAAGUCAGGUCUAAGUGUGUAUUAUAAAAUCCAUCCAAGACAGAUCCUAGAUGAAUACAUAGUAUGAGAAAAAGCAAUAAUCAGGCUGUAUUAUCUGAGAUGAGAAAAAUUAUUCAGAAAAGACCCUCUUAAUGAAUUGAAGGAGACAGAAUCUCCAUAUUUGUACAGUCUCACAAAAUACAGUGGAACUCAUACUUGGAAAAAAUGUCAUUUUGAUGCAUUGAGUAAGGCCUUCUAUAUGAAGUAGAGUAAGGCAAAUUGUUAGAAAAAUUUUUAUAGGAAGGAGGGUGCAAAAUUAUGUAAGUAGCAGACAUGUUUACUAUGUUAUAGUAAAUAUUUCAAAGUAAUAAUGAAAUGUUAGACAAGAAAAUAUAUUUGAUAUAUAACCCUACUGUCCAUUGUAUAGGGUGCCUGUGGCAGAACACAUUGCAUAGCAGGAGGAAUAAUUGAAUUGAAAUUUUUUCUUCAAAUCUAGAAGAUUGGGCCCAUCAAAUAUGUCUAUUGCAUGUUUCUAUUGAGUGAUUCUGCAAAUUAAGUCAUUUUAGUUUUGUAUGUGUACACAUUUGCAGAUAUAAUUUUACACGAAUACAUAAAUAUAAUCUUAUCAUUCAUACUGGUGUCUAUGACUAGUAUUUCUAUCUUCUUUCAUUGUGGUACAAAGCAAAAUGGCCACAGGUUCCUCCCAUACUUUUAUGCAUGUCCCUUUGCGAUGUUCCUUUGCUUUUAUGAAGAAGUAACUUCUCUUUCUCUACUCUUUGGCUUUAAAGUUGACCACGUCAUUCGUUUUGGGCAAUGGACAUUACCAAAGAGAUUCAAGAAGAGCCUUGAGAAGUGUGAAAGCCUGCCUUGAGACUUACCCUUUCUUGCUGCUCUUUGGAAUCCUGAGACCUCUGUGUGAUGAAGCUCAGAUUUCCCUACUGGAGCGACAAAACAGGAUAUAGAACAGAGGCAAGCCAGCCCAGUGAGGCCCCAGAGACCUUCAAGUAGCCUGUCAACUAUCAGACACGGGAGUGAGGCCUUCCUGGACCUCCAGGCCUUAUAAAGCCAGCUUAGCCCAGAAUAGUCAUUCCAGUUAUCCCAAGCAAUGUGCAAAAUUGUGAUAUAAAUAAAACAAUCAUUGUUUUAAGCUGUAUGUUUUGGGGGUAGUAUGUCACAAACAAAUGCUAAGUAAUACUUAAAAGUAUAUAUGUGUGGAGUAUUACACCCAAACAUAAUGUGGCAUUGGCUUUGGGCCUGGGCAGCAGGUGGAGACUGGGAAAACAGCGAGAAAAACUGUUAGCAAAGGCCGGAAAAGAUGGCAACCCACAUCAUUUAGUAGGAAAAAGUGGCAAAACAGUUGUCAUGCUCUGUGGGAAGAUAAAGAAUGAGUCACAUGAACUUGUGGAUCUGACUAAGGCGAUUUUCAGCAGAACAUGGAAAGUGUCAGUUUGCUACUUUUAGCUCUGUAUGAUAGGGGACAGAAAGAAAUGAAUUAACAAAGUAAUGGUUCUACUGGCAAGCAGAAUCGGAAGAAAUACAGAAAAGCCAGGGCUAACUGAGGUGGGAAAUAACUGUUUCACAUAGCUCAUCUCUCCAGCCAUCAAAAUAUUCUCAAAGUAGAAGAUGACCUCAGGGUAAAUAUCAAAUCAUGGAUGUGUCUGUAAGACCCUUUAUUGCAAUGUGUGAGACAUUGUAUUGUAUUGGUGCUUGGGAGAGUCUCUCAGCUAAACUAAUGGGCAUCUAAAAAUCUUUGUGACAUUAUCCUACUGUAGGUUGACCCACUGCUCUGAGAAAAGUUUAUCCUAGAAAGAAUUGUUGGUGUGGCACUUGGGGCAUGAAGUUGAUCCAACCAGAUUCAUCGGAAACCAAUAAAGUUGGUGGUAGAGUUUUACCAGUGACACUACCUCCAGAUUGAACUGAAAGGGUCUGAAACAGUUAAAAAUGAAAAAUGGGCUCUGGACUUCCCUUCCUAACUUCUACAAAAGGAUGCAAGGCGAGAAAGUUACUCAGCUGCAAACAUGGACUGUUUCUUACGAGAAACAAAAGGUGUCUCAGAGGAAAGACCCAAGGACAGUAUAUAAAAAUGGCCUGGGGAGCCAUCCCCAGGGACACCUGUGCCAUAAUCAAGAAGCACUAUCUACCCUUGGAGCAAGGGAUCCUACUAGCAUCUGCUCUGUGGGAUUUCAAAACUUACGAAAAGGUGACUGAUAUGUACCUCUUGCUACUCUUUUUGAAUGGAAGUAUCUAUUUCAGUUAUCCUAUCACUAUACAACCAUGUAGAUAUAUGGGAGGUGCUGUCAUGUAGCUUGUCAUUUAGCUCACAGGAUCAAGAAACUGAAAACUCUGGCUGAAGAGCCUCAGUAACAUCUGAACCUGGUAAAAAGACCAAAACCCUAGAUUUGAGCCUGAUGCCAUAAUUUUGGAUGAACUAUUUGGAGGUCCUGGAAUGAAAGUAAACAUACUUUGCAUGGAGUGGUAAUGUGAAUAAUUUGUAACCAGAAGAUUCACUAUGUUAGAAAAAUGCUACAAAAUUCUCUCUGUAUGUGGCUUUCAGCCUAUAUUUAUCUUUGUAUUUCAGUUGGGAUAAUUUCUGUUGGUUUAUCUUCAAGUGCACUGAUCUCCACUCCCACCCUGGCUCUUUCACAACUACUGAUCCAUUGAUGGCAUUUUCAUCUCAUUUGUUUUCUCUUUUACUUUUAGUAUUUCCAUUUGAUUCUUACAGUGUGUGUUUUCCUGCCAAAUUCCCCAUCUGUUCAUGCAUGUUGUUCCUGUUUUCUACUAUUUCCUCUGUCUUAGUUUGUACUGCUCUAAGAAAGCACCAUAGUGUGGGUGGCUUAUAAAUAAUAGAAAUGUAUUUCUCAUAGUUCUAGAUGCUGGAAAUCUGAGAUCAUGGUGUCAGUAUGAUUUGGGUUCUGCUGAGGACGCAAUUCUGAGUUGCAGACUGCCAAUUUCUCAUUGUAUUCUCCUUUGGCAGAAAGAGGUAGAGAGCCCUCUGAGGUCCCUUUUAUAAGGACAUUAGUCCCACUGAUGAAACAACUCUCUGAGAAAUUCAUGGGGAAAUCCUCAUGAUAUAACUACUUCCCAAAGACCCUACCUCCUAAUGCCAUCACAUUGGGGACUACAUUUCAGCCUACAAAAUUUGAGGGGACACAAGCAUCUAUUCUAUAAUACCUUUUACAUACUAAUCAUAGUUAUUUUAAGUUCCUUGUAUGAUAGUUCCAGUAACUGGACUACAGUCUGGGUCUUCUGAUUGCUUUAUCUCUCGACAGUGGGUUGCUUUCUGUUGCUGUUUUGCAUCUAAUAAUUUUUAACUGAAUGCUGGACAAUGUAUGUAGGCUAGUAUAAGAUGAGGUAAAUAAUAUUUAUUCCUGGAAAUAAGCAUGGCUAUUCUUCUGAUAGGCCAUUGGCAUGGUGGGAUUGAGUCCAUCUAGUCAGCAAUUGGGCUGGUUUUCUGUUUUAUUGUUAGUAUUGUGACUUCAGUGUACCUUAGACUUCAAAUUCCUCCAGUGUUACCUUAUGUUUGUAACAGACACUGGUUUCUCAGAGAAUUUUCUCAAUGAUCCUGGACCACACUUGCCUUCAGGCUUUUCCCAUGUGCCUGCAUUUCAGGGAGGGUCUCUUUCCAUACUCUUGCCUCGUCCUUGGCAGUAGAUUGCUGCUCUUACUUGGUUCUUGCCGACCUGGUGUGUAGGGAGGGGCAAGAGUUGCUCUAUAUCCCUGGGUUUUCAGGGGUGGGUUUUUUUUCAUUGAUCCUGCCCCUUGUGGUCUGGGCCCAGGAUGGUUUCCUCGCAUUCCAUCAUGUGUAGAUUUGUUUAUCUUUUCUUUCUUUUUUUUUUGUCUUUUUGAGACAGGGUCUCCAAAUGCAGCUCAGGUUGGCCU